UUGUCAAAUUGCAAAGGGCAUUUGUUGGGAAUACUCCCAAGAAAGAACAUCUUCGACGCCGUGCGCCCGGCAACCAGGCUGAACCUCAGCUCGAACGAACGAUCGCUGCUGUGCAACACAUGGGUGACCAGCUUCGAUGGCUUGUACGACCUGGGCACCGACAUCUACACGGAGAUUUUCAAUUCGGCUCCGGAGAUACGCGCCCUGUUUCCGGUGCUGGCCGACAGCGACGGUAACAUCAGGAACUGUCCUAACUUCAGGAACCAGGCGUUGAAGUUCGUACAGGUGAUCGCGCUGUGUCUGACGGCGCUGAACAACGCCGAGCGCCUGGACGAGAUCUUAACGGAGGUCGGAGCUCGGCACGCCAAGUACGUGGCCAAGGGCUUCAAGAUGGCCUACUGGGAUGUGUUUGAGAAUGCCAUGGUGAAGUGCAUCCAUCAGCAAAUGAUCAGAAGAGGCGCGUUCGACGACGAUACUCAAGCGAAGGCUGAAGUUGCUUGGAGAACCCUGAGCAAAUACAUAAUCGAGAAGAUGAAGAUCGGCUUCAUUUGCGAGUUGCACCACUUUCGACGAAGAAACUUUAAGCGAAGCGCUAAUGAAGCAUCGAUUUCCACGAUUCUGGCGACCUCUUCCACCUGA